AUGGCGGCAAGCGUCAAAAUCGAGUUCGACGACGGCAGCAGGGUCAUUUCGCAGACUCUCGAGGAUGCCGCUGAAGUGGUGGACCCGAGGAUGGCCGGAGGUGGGGUGCUUUCUGCGGGCAAGCGACCGGCCUCCUGCUCCAUCGAUGACUUCUACGAGAUCCCUAGGACCACGGCGUUCAUCGCGGACGGCAACUUCCGUAGGGUAGCGUUGCAGUUCCCCGACGUGCUGCUACGAGAAGCACCGGAAGUGCUGUGGACGCUCCAGGCGCGGCUGCGCAAGCUGGCAGCGGGAGGUGUGCGUUCUGUGUCGCAGGUGGGCCGCGAAGAGGAGGGAGAAGGGAAGGGGCCAUCGGAGGUGGCGACGACAGCGCCACCUCUGAUUUUCGUGACAGGGGACACCUCGUACGGCAGCUGCUGCGUGGACGAGGUGUCUGCGCAGCACCUCAAGGCGGACGCCAUCGUUCACUACGGCCGGGCGUGCCUCAGCCCGACGAACUCUUCGGUGCCCGUCCUCUACGUCUUCGGCCGCGGGGACCUCGACGUGCAGCACCUGGCGUCCACGCUGCUCUCGGGCCCGCUGUCCGCCACCGCCGCCGCCACCCCCGGCUCGAGCGGCACCAGCUCCGGGCGGCAGGGCGGCGACGACGACUCGCCGUCAUCGCCAUCCACAGCAGGAGCAGAAGGCGGCGGCAGCGGUACCGGUGGCAUGCCGCCUCCCGUCCUCCUGCUGUACGACGUGACCUACGCCUACGCAAUCCCCGCGCUCCUCGAGAGAUUGGACGCCGCCGGCGGCAGCAAGCGGGGGAGGCUCGUGGUAGGGUUUCCUACAUCAGAGGCGUACUCGCCGAUGACGGGGGGUUGUGCAAAGCCGGCCGCCGCCGGCUACGGGUGCGGCGCAACAUCAACGAAAGGGGAGGGAGGGGGCUCCGACGGAUGCGGGCGAAGCGACAGGGGUCCUCCUUGCACCGGCGACAGCCGUAGCGCAGAGAAGGAGACAACGGGGGAGUGUUGCCGUCGUUCGGGCGGCGAAAAUGCCGGCUGCGGUACGGGUGGUCGGGGGACGGGACACCCCUCGCGAGAAGGAGCCUUGGGUGGGCAGGGUGGUGCUGGCCCAAGAGAACCAAGCGGAUCUUCUACCGUAGAAUCGGACGCUAGCUCCACACCCCGCCCUGCGGGCGCUGUCUCGUCCCCACCAAGCGCAAGCAGCAGCACCACCUCCGGAGGACUUGGAAACCCAGGACAAGGGACACCUUCUACUCCUGAAACAGAUACGCGCACGCCAGGUCAGUCCGCGGGUGCAGCACCAGGCGAGGGGGGGGCGGCGUUGUCGACAGCGGGGACGCCGGCACCGUUGUCGUCGUGUCAGCGGAAGAGGCGUGUGCGUAUCGGGGGGUUGGGGGUCGACCUGGAGUCCGAAGAAGAGCUCAGGCGGCACAAGCUCGUGUUUGUCGGAGGGGAGGGGAGGCAGCUCAGCAACGUUCUCAUGCGGUGCGCCGGCUGCGUUGAUCGGAUGCGGUACGACCCCUGCCUCCCGCCCGGGGAGAGGGUGAUCGGGGACACCCGUAAGGGCAACAAGGAUCUCAUGCGAAGAUACUACCUUGUUCAACGCGCGCGAGAGGCUGGUGUCAUAGGAAUCGUCGUGGGGACCCUCGGUGUCCAGCGGUACGGCAGCGUGGUGCGCUCGGUCCGAAAGAUGAUUGAGGACGCCGGCCGCAAGGCGUACACCCUUGCCGUGGGGAAGGUCAACGUCGCGAAGCUCGCCAAUUUCGCCGAGGUGGAUGUGUUUUGCCUCGUGGCCUGCGCGGAGAACUCGUUGCUAGACUCGAGGGAGUUCCAUGCCCCGGUGGUGACCCCUCUGGAGCUGGAAGUGGCCCUUCGGAAGCGCGAGUGGGACGGCUUCUACAGCACGGACUUCGACGACCUCCUGGAACUGGAACCGCCUGCCUCCGAACGCAGCGGAGCCGCGAGUCUCAACCCCACCGUCGCAAGCGACGGGAUCGAGUCCCUCGCCAUCGGGGACUCCUCCCCCACGCGCGCGGCCCAAAGUGCGGACGACGACGAAGGAGAUGAACCCUUCUUUUCCCUGGUGACGGGCACGUACCAGAACAAGCCCGGGGUUUCCAGGAAGAAGGCGGAGGGGCACCACACCGGUACAGGGGGCUCCGCAGGAGCGCUCGUCGGGGUGGGAGACCGGUCCCUGGUGGAGUGGAGUAGCCCCGCGGCGGACUUCUUGGGGAAGAGGGAGUUUAAGGGCUUGGAGGCGCUGGUCGGGCAGACGGAAGCGAAGGCGGCCACGCCGGGACAGUCCGGCAUCGCUUCAGACUACGGGGGGGCUCUAGGAGAUCGCCCCCAGUACCACAUCUACCUGGAAGAGGUGGACACGCUGCCGGACGUCUGGGCCCGGCGCCGCGCCUUGCCGGGGGAGUUGCCCGCCGCGGAGGCCGGGCAGCUGCUGCUCGCCGGGAGGGCUUACGCGAACCUUCCGACCGAGGUCUGCCUGGUGUUCCUCAAGAUCGACCGGAGGAAACAAAAGGACUGGCGACCCAUGGGCAGCAGGUAUGCCAUUGUAGGGCCAAGUGCCCCAUGUGAAUGUGUCGUCGUCGAUGUCUGUUGCCCGGCGAAUAUAGUAUGGGUUGCCGAUAUGGGUCAUGCUGCGAAGCAUGAAAGAAGCCUCUGGUUGAUGAUAUCAUGAACUUGACGACGAUCGGCGUUGACAAUUCGCGCAUCCUCUGUUGCUGUUGACCUCGUCCUGGUUUUGGCAUUGAUCCGGCCACACGUCAAUCGAGAUUUCACAGAGGGUUUAAGUUUGGGUACACAGCAUACUCCGGCUGAGCCCGCCGCCCGUGCUGAUCCUCCAGUGUUUUGUGUCUCCUGUUGCUUUUUGUUGUUGUGUUCACAUAAACCGUUCCGGUCUCCACUCAGUACCUUCUAACGAGAAAGGGGUAAAUUACAUGUGAUUUGUUUGGUGGAAAUCAUGGAGACAGAGUAGUAUGGACCCGAUUGCAUUGAAUGCUGGAAACAAAGGGACCUUUCUCAAGUAUUUUUGUAGCCGGAUGAAAGGCCCUCCACGUUCAGGUCGGAACCUCAGUCGGUAUCGUCGCUGUCGUCGUGGAUAGGUACAUCA